UUUAAAAAAAAAUACAUAUUUUUUUAUUUUUAUAUUUUUUUUUAAUGUGUGCGUGCGCGUGUGUGGAAGCGCCGGGCUCCUGCGAUCGGUGUCUGAAUGAAACUACGUAAAUGCAUAUGCCCGUACGUUGCACUGGAGGGAAAAACGGAGCACUUCUGCGAGAGCCUGCCUUCAAAUGUGCUGCAGCUGGUCUCCAGGAUUUUCCGUCUCUCCGGGGCUGUUCGCCUCCCUGGGCUCCGAGGCGGGAUUUUCUGAGCUUUGACAGAUCUCCGGAGAUGCCUGUUAAACGGGAGUCUGGGAAAAAACAUUGGAAAUCGUAGCGAGCUUGGGUUUUUUUGCCCCUUUCCCAUCCCCUCGGUGACUUGAAGCAUCCAAGCGGCCGGAGCUAAACGUUUCUGAAGACUUGGCGAUGUUUGGGUUUUGUCGUUGCUAUUUUUUUUUUUAGAGGAAACUUGACAGAGGAACAUAUUUAUAGUCCCAAGUAAGUACUUUACAGAGGAAAUUUAGAUUGUGUAGCUUAAAAGAGCGGUGUCGAGGUUUCUAGCUUAAAGGGCGUUGGAUUAACGUUCAUCCAAGGCUGCUUAGCAGAUCGCGCUGAAUCGCAGCUUUGACGGUGCGCGUUCGCCCGCUCCUCCGUGUCCCCGGUAGCUCGGCACCUAGGGGAAAAUGCACCUGAUUUUGAAUAAGUAUAGUGUUUUUUAGAAUGUGUCUCAGCGCCGAGGAGGAAGUGUUUUCUAAAGUAGGUUUAUAAUAAGUAAUAAAUGUGCGUCUGGAAGUAAAGUAUUUGCAGCGUUUUUUAACCCGUAUUUAUACCGUGCAUCUCAAAGCGAGGAGGCAACACUGAGAAGACAAACGUACCUCCGAGACCCUGGGAACUCCCCCACGUCACCAUGAAUGAAACCGUGCCCGAUACCGUAACUGGAUUAUAAUUUUUGGUGUUAUUAAAUUUAUUAUUAUUGGCUGCUUUACUUUUUUGGGUUCAUCCUGCUCCUCUUCUUCCUCUCUCCCUUCCUCUUGCUGCUCCCUCUCGGAAAUCAUGGCUCAUCCCGGGAGAAGAGGCUACGAUAACCGGGAGAUAGUGCUGAAGUACAUCCACUAUAAACUCUCGCAGAGGGGAUACGACUGGGCUGCCGGUGAGGACAGGGCGCCCGCGCCUACUGCUCUCGCUCCUGCUGCUGCUGCGGUUGCUGCUGCUGCUGGGACUCCCUCCCGCCACCGCCCCGCCGGGCUGCUGUCCCCGCACCCCGAGCCCCCCGGCUCGGCUGCUGCUAGCGAGGCGCCCCCGGGCGAGGGGCUGCGCCCCGCACCCCCCGUGGUCCACCUCGCCCUGCGCCAGGCCGGGGACGAGUUCUCCCGCCGCUACCAGCGGGACUUCGCCCAGAUGUCCGGCCAGCUGCACCUGACGCCCUUCACGGCCAGAGGCCGCUUCGUGGCCGUGGUGGAGGAGCUCUUCCGAGACGGGGUGAACUGGGGCCGGAUCGUGGCCUUCUUCGAGUUCGGCGGCGUGAUGUGCGUCGAGAGCGUCAACCGGGAGAUGUCUCCCCUGGUGGACAGCAUCGCCGCCUGGAUGACCGAGUACCUGAACCGGCACCUGCACAACUGGAUCCAGGACAACGGAGGCUGGGAUGCCUUUGUGGAGUUGUAUGGCAACAGUAUGAGGCCUUUGUUCGAUUUCUCCUGGAUCUCUCUGAAGACUAUCCUGAGUUUGGUUCUGGUGGGAGCUUGCAUCACUCUUGGCGCUUAUCUCGGACAUAAGUAGAGUCACCCAGUUUAUCGUGGAUUACAAAAGUCUUUCAAAACAGCAAAAUAAUAUUUUUUUUCUGUAGCACAAUGGUAUUUUAUGAGCAAAACAACUUCCUGGCUAAAGAUUAAAUCAGCUAUUACUGCCAAAGGAAAUAUCAUUUAUUUUUACAUUGCAGGAAAAUUAUUUAUUAAAAGAUAUUUACAUUUUAACCUGCUAUUUUCAGAAACUCUGCAAGUUGUAUCUGUCAUCACAUCAUGUUGUUAUUCUUAACUUUAAUGAGCCCCAUUGUCUUUUAGUUUUUUUUUUUUUUUUUUUUUUUUUUUUUUUAAUUAAUGCAGCUGGCUGGAUUAUUUUCUCUCUGAAGAGCAAAUAUACUGACAAAGACCUACCUGCUUACACUUAGGAAGGCAGUUACUUGAGCUGCUAAAGGCUGCGUAAUUGUGUUGAUUUUCCUCGCAUUUUUUUUUUUUUUGGAUGGCUGGGAGGGAUCUGAAAAAAAAGGUCAGUGUGAACGAAGUUCUAACCCUGUCCUGCCAGCAAGAACUGACGGAGUAAACAGUUCAACAUGGUACAUACGUGCAGUCAAAAUGGCAACUUCUCGAAGGACACUUGGCUAUCCCUACAGUUCGAAAUAUGAUUGCCUAUGCCUUGUAAACAUGCGUUUUCAAGUUACCAGUCGUGCCAUCACAUCAUAGUCAUAAUAGUAUCAUCCAAUACCCUAAUGUGUGUCAACUGAAAUAAUUUUUAAUAGAAGUGUGAAGUUAAAUCUUUGGGGCUUGCAGGAAAUUACUGUUCCAAUGAUUUUCUCAGCAGUAAAACAUUUUCACGGCUAUUGACACAGAAACAUCAGGAGACCUUAAGUGCCUGCUUUGACAGAGCAGAGCUGGAGUCUGAAGACCUGACCUGUGUCCCACUUUAGUGGGCUCGUAUCUGCAACUAAUCCUGUUUACUUACGGAGCUCCUCCAGGGGUUUGAAACCAAUUAAAUGUGGUUCUCUAAAUCCCUGAAAGUUGAAAACGAUUUUAAUUUUAUUCGGCAAGAAACAGACCUCAGCUGAGUUACAAAUUAGCUCUGACUACCCUUGUUUAUCGAACUGGACACCAAAAUCAAGCUCAUUUUCAUCACAAAAAAAAAAAAAAAAAAAAAAAAAAAAAGAAAAAAAAAAGGGAAAAAAAAAAAAAAAAAGAAAAGAAAAGAAAGUGAGCUUUAUCCUCCUGCCCCUCACCCCCAAAAUUAUUUCAUGGUAAUAAAUUCCUAAGACUGUCUACGAAAGAAAAGAUGAUGAAGAAACUCCAACUCCUCUAUCUGGACAGAGACUCUCUGACACCUCGAUCGCACAGGUGCCUACUGUCAUUUCAAGCAAAAACAGGGUGGAGGAAAAGGGGAGGGUGAAGUAUCUGCCCCUAUUUUAAAUGCAACUCAAGUACAAUUAAUGCAGACUACUUGAUACACAGUUUUAUAAACAGACCUGUGUUCUGAGACCAGAUGUGUCGAUGUAUGUCAGAGCGGGGCUUUUCCAUGUGCUCGGAGGGGUCCAGAAUUGCUGAGGAAGCAGAAGAAUCUGAGUGUGUCGCACGGACUGCUCUGAGUAAUGGAAAUCUCCGUCUUCAAUCAAGCGCUCCUAUUUUUUCUAUGAAACUUUUGAAGUCUGGGAUUUGUGGGUCAAUGGACAUCCACAGGGAGAAAGAAAAGGUUGCAAAGCUCUGAAUAAAACGUACCAUACAAUACAGAAGUGCUAUAAGGCUGAAAAAAUGCAGUGAAUAAACUGUAGAGUCAACCUCAAGAUUUCAGUUGGAUAACUUUGUGGCAUUAUAUGCAAAAUAGCUCCAUUAACUUGGGAAUGUAAUAUGUUCAAUGUUAAGGCUGUAGUUGAUGUUGUGUCUUCAAAGCUGCUUUUUUGUUUGUUUGUUUGUUUUUAAGAGUUGUACAUCUCAGCAUUUUUACUGCUAUUUAGUCAUGGCACCUACACUUUGUAAGAGCAAAGACAGAAUGAGCUUACCUUUCAAAUUUGAAAUUACUUUUAAUUUUUUAGAAGCAUAUAAAGGAAAUGUUUCUAAGAACACAAAAAUGUGAUCUAAACUAGGCUUGAUUUAAAAAAAAUAAAAAAUAAAAUAGAAGGAAAGAAAAAACAGGAUCAAAACAGAAACACCUGCAAUGUUUUUAGAGUGCUUCUGUCAGAAGUGAGCAUAUACAUGCAGGAGUCAUAUGAAAAAUAUUCUAAAUGGGAGCAACCAAGUAUUGCAGAUUGAGUGUGGGCUUUGUAUUUUUUCAGCUACAAAGCUGAAUUUGUUUGAAGCCAAUUUCAAAACUGGAAUUGGCUGGUAUCAAGCUAAUGUUUCAUUUCACAAUCUAGUCUUCGUUUCAAUUUGUGCCCAUACACCCAUUAAAGUUCACGAACUAUUAGACCUCAAAUUGUUUCAAUAUUGUUUAUUUUAUUAAAGGUUUACAUUGUCAAAAGUAAUAAAAGAGUAACUAUCAAUUCCAGUGCUGCUAUACUACAAGGAUAAUUUGAAUGGGUUUUAUUUUUAAUACCUUCCAAUGGCAAAAGUUUUUUAAAGCUGCUUUAGAAAUAAUAUGAAGAAGACACAUGAUACACAUUUAAAUGAAUAUUGAGGAUUUUGUGUUCUGUUGUGUCUACUCGCUGGACUUCCCAGUGUACUAGUUAAUACCAGGCAAAAAGAAGAGUCAUGAUGACUGUUGAUGAUUUUAUUUUAUUAAAGAGCUAACAGAAUUUUCCCAUCCUGACUGCAGAAUAGUACAGUAUUGUGGCUGCAUUAGCUAUAACGGUAGUUGGUAAUACAUUUAUUAAGAAACAUAGUAGAAACAUUGAAUGUAUAUAAAAGCUUGAACUUCUUUAAUAAAAUCCUCUCCUCUCACUUACGCAUUUCUUUUGCAAUAAUUCCUGUCUUUCCUAUUCUUCAUUACACUUUCACAUAGAAUUGUUUUCCACAAAAUGCCUUACAGACUUGCAUGCUCCAAGACUACACUUCCAUGACAAUCCAUCCUCUGUCACUACGCAGACACACAUAGCUGGUCACUCCCCGUGUACCCGAGUUUUCAAAGCAGAAGUUAAAAAAGAAGGGACAGUUCUGAAAUUGGUUAGGCGUGGAAGAUCAGAGGACAACCUAGGAAGAGGUCAAGAAGUAGAAGGAAUCAGAGAGCUCACUGAAAUGUCUCCCUGGUUAAAUGGAAUUUGUUCAUCUUUCAUUCUUUCCCUUGAAAAAGGAUGAUACAAAGGCAGAGUAACCGAGUAUGGAGACCCCAUGAUUACUCUUCACAGUAAAGCUUAAUUCUGAAGGCAGUCUUUUGCAAAACAGAAAAUCCUUAGGAAUUUGAGAGAAAUACUUGAUUCGGCUGUAUUUAAUUUAUUUGUCAUUAAUUCCUUUUUACUGCAUUUAUUAAGAAAAUAAUGAAGGAAAAUAUUUUGCUUCUGAAAUAAAAUAUCUCUACAAUCACCUAAGUUCUGUUACAUACCAGUAACUUAGGAACAAAUGGAAAAACAAGAAAAAAAAUCUGCAAGCGUUCUGAAAUCAGAGCUGACACAAAGGAAAUUUCUCAAUAGAACAAGCACUGGAUCCAACAAAGGAGGAGUGAGGCUGUGGAGGUAACAGAGAAUAUACAGAUAAGGAAGGGGGCUGGAAGAUAUGGAGAAUGACACUGGUAUGUAAGAAAAUCUCAAGUUUCAGAUGAUGCAGGAGUGCACCCAAGGUGGUCUGAAAAUAGCUUUUAACUAAAACUGUAUACAAAUUCGUGCACUACAACAUGACUAUAAUUACUAAUUUUUUUCAAUCAAAAAAAAAAAAAUAAGUGUUAUAAAAUUAGCCAAUCAUUAAAAAACUUCAUUGGUUUGCUGUUGUGAUUUGGGAUUACGCAGUCUGAGUAGGGUUGCACUAAUAAAGAACAAUUAUGAAAAAAAAAAAAUGUUUCUUUGAAAGCAGAUGUGCAAAGGAAACAUUGAUGUGGUACAGUUCAAAGAAUACAGACCCAGGACACCCCAGCCUUGCAUGCACACAUUCUCCCUUGCUCAGUCAGUGGGAGUCAGAUAUACGUAAGGUCUGCAUGCUUUGACCCUGAAGCAUGACACUGUGCUUAGCUGUGCACCUGCAUUCAACUUCACAAACCUAGAAGUUCUAUUAAUUAAAAGUGUAGUGAAGUAGCAAGUUUAAAGCCUGUCUUUUUUUCCUCUCUCUGUCUUUAAACAAGCUAGCAAAAUGAUUCAUUUGUAUUAUGAGUUAAUGGCUCAGUACUACACGAAAAAUUAAACAUCUUUUGAUUUAUAAGCAUAAAAAUUCUUUCUCAUUGCAAAAGCCCAGCUUUGUUUUUCAUUCCUCUCUCUCUUUCAAACCAGGCUACACAAAAAGAAGACAAAAGAGCCAAUUUAAUCUGUAUUUGUUUUAAAUCACAUUCCUAUACUAAGUUAAUGCAGCUUCAUCACAUGAUGAAAUCUUUCUCACCAAGUUAUACAGCAUUAAAAAUUCCACACAGAACUAUAUAUUUUUAUAAUUUAAGUAGCGUAUUUUUUUUCUUUUUCUUCUGAAUAUUUGAAUUUUAAUUAUCACCAGCAUAAAUGUACAUAAGCAGAUAUCGUUUACCCAGUACCUUUGGAUGAUGUAUGUAUGGUAAUGUAGUUUGUCAGUUUAUCAUCAUUUAAUAUGAUUAUGUUGUUCUUUGUCUUUAAAAUGUUAUAAGAACAUGCUGCCAUUAAACUUUCCAUGUCUGUCUAGUUAAUAUUGUGAAAAAAUAAUAAAGCACACUGUGAGUUA